UAAAACAUGAAAAAAUGAAGGACAGCUACCUUUCUCCUCCGACUGCGGUUAACCCAUUCCUCUUCAUACUCUUAAGAACAUGUAUAUAUCAUGUCAACAGCUAUAAAACCAGCCAAGAAGAAAAAUCCCUGUGAAGAGUGUCGAGAACACAAACGGAAAUGCACUUGUGAACAACCAUGCGAGAGAUGCACCGCACUUGGCUUGAACUGCGUUUAUGUUGUGGUGAACACUCCCCGGGAUCAAGAGUAUCUAAUGCUCACCCGAAACAUCGAAGCGCAAGUAGAACUGAAAGUUAUUGAGGAACAGAUCAACGACAUGGAAACUGAAUUGAAGCAGCUACGAAAGGGACAAAGUGGUUACGACCCUUCCAACAUUCAAUCGUACCCAUCACCUACAUCGGACAUUGAUGCACGUGAAGACCACAAAAAGACCAUGCAAGUGUAUUCAGAAGAUACAACGCAGAGUACCCAGCUGAUUCGAAUGGAAAAUAACGAUCCAGCUAGAAACCCCCAACAGUUAAUGGAUGAAACUCUCCAUGGAAUUGGAGCUCAGCUUUAUCAGAUUGAAGAUAAUUCGUCCAACAAAGAAAAUGAAUGGGCCUUGACUAUCACCAAAAAAGGCCUACGAAUCGAAACCAACAUAAAGAACAUGGCUGAUUUGAUAGCACAAGUCAAAGUCAUGAAUUUUCAACUUGGCAAUGUUGAUAAGCCACCACUGUAUUCACACCUUGUAAGCGAGCCCAUAAAUCCCACGCUGAUGAUUAAAUUUGGCGAGAAGGCAUGGAUAAAAAUUCUUGAAGGGAACAAAAAAGCCCUUCAUCGAUGUGUGGUAUUCAUGAAAGACCAAGCCUUACCCGAUGUCAAUCGAAUACAAUUGGCUCGACCUGACGUAUCGACCGCCAUGACUGUACAACUUCUUCAGAUCUACUUUUCUUGUCAGCACUUGAGACAAAUGGCCAUACACCGCAAAACGUUCCUCGACAUGUUUUUCAAACCAAACGAUGUGAAAGCACCUGUUUAUGCCCUAUGUGCCGCCAUUGUCACUAUGCGAUGCAAGCAUGUUCUGCAGGUUGUUCCUUAUGAAUCUCAACUUAUCUAUGGCGAAUACUAUUUCAACAAGGCCCGCCAGUUGUAUAGCGAACAGUUCGAUGAGAUCUCCUUGGAAACAUACUGUACCCUCAUUUUUAUGACCAUGUACAAGGCGACGAUAUUGCGGCCCGAUGAAGGUGAUAACUAUCUGAAUUUGGCAAACCGAAUGGGCGAAGAGUUAUUACCGCUAUAUUCACGGCCUGCCUCUCCGUCUCCCGGGAGUAAACAAGGUGAUGAUGUCGGGUUACGAACUUUCACCUUGUCUGGAGAAGCUGAGAUGUUCAAGCGUUUGCUGCGAACUUGCAAACAGCUUGCCUUCCGGUUGUUUUUAUUGAAGCAGCCUUCUCAUCUUGGUCCUCCUCCAAAGCAUUUUCAAGGCCACGGACCAGGUCCACACCGUAUGUCCCACAGAAUGAAGGGCGAUCCUGCUGAUAGAUAUCCUCACCACCAAGGUGUCCAUCCUCGCUCGUUGUUACUAUCUUGUUGCCUGGACGAAACACCCAUUGAACUUCGAUAUAUACAACAAUCAAAGUACAUGGCUCUCCACAGAGAAACCAUUCACACCGUAAUGGCAUCGGUUUUUCCUCACAUUCACGACACAUUGUCGUCCACCUUUGUUAUCGCCACCAUUACAUCGUUCGAUCAAAGCAUGCGAAAUUGGUAUUAUCAAACCCUUCCUCAGGAAUUGCGUAUCGCCUUACCACUUUUUGAUGAUACUAUCAGCGACACGACGCUUAUAGAAGCGGUCUCAUUUGAUCGCAUCCGUGAUUCGGUUCCUUUGACCCUCCUUAUUACGUUUUACACGGAAUUCAUAGUCGUGAUGAAGAAAUUGCUUCCAAGGAUACCACAGUACGAUGACAGUCACCUCAGUUUUGGAGUGAUGAGUCAGGAAACCGAUGAAGAACGCCAGAAACGCAAGGAAAAAAAGAAGCAGAAGCGACGAAAAGUGUUCCGACAUCUUAUCAACGAAUACAAUUUGAAUAUGACCGAAGAACAACUGCACGAAUUCUAUCAUCAGCAAUUCGAUCUCCCUCACGACUUCCAGAUUGAAGCGCAAGACAAGUGUACCAGGGCCGCCAAUCUAGCGGUCCGACUUCUUGAACAACUGACGAACUCCUCAUUCUCCUGUCAUUUUGAUUUACCCACCCUCAUGUGCACUUGGGAUAUGCAUCUACGCAACUCCAGGUUGGGACAUGCCAGAAUUGACCAACCUGACGGUAUUGUCGACCCCAAAGUCACUCGCCAAGCCCGCCAUCAUUUGGUCCGCUGCUUAGCCAUCAUGCGACGAGGAUUUCUCUACAACACGGCGGAGCGCGAGUUAUGGAAACACUAUCAGCUAAUGGAGCAGGAUCUUCUACGAGAGCUGAGCCUUGAUCCCGCCUUCAAAGUGUCAUCUGGCCCGGAGCCAGAGUUUCAUAUCGGCCAUUCCGUGAACACCUUUGCCACCUAAGUGUCCACACUGUUGUUUUUUUAUUAUUAGAGUUUCCCCCCACAUCUAUGCUUUUCUUCGUGUCAAUUGCUCUUAAUACCUUUGAUCCCCACCUCUCUGCCAUAUAAUAAAUGUCCAAUGACUGGAUAAAAAAAAACCAUAAUU